AUGAUAAGACGCUUCUUUUCUAUUGAGAAAUGGAGCGCUAUGAGUAUGCUUCAGCUUCGUGAUGAAUUAACUAGAAGAAGCUUACCCCGUACUGGCACAAGGAAUGAAAUCCUAAAGAAGCUUGAAUUAGAUGACAGUAAAAAAGCUAAAGAAAUAGAAGUAAUGCGACAAGAAAUCAAAUAUGCACAUGAACUUAAAGAAGAGGAAAGCAAUCACUUCUUAGCUGGGCUAUCUAAAGAGUUUUUAAUAGGAGAAAUACUUAAGCGAAGGCCUAAACAAGAAAUUCAAGCCAAAUACACAAAAAAGCAAUUGCUAGAUAUUUUGUCAGAUGCUUUGGAAGAUGAACAUGUAGAUACAAGCAACUUGGCAAAUUUAGUAAUUUUGCACCAAAAAGUUACAGAAAACCCUCUCAAUGUGACAGUUAACGAAAUUUGUCAAGCUCUUGAAAAAAUUUCCACAAUUUUUCAAAUCCCUCAAUCUGAUGUGAAUUUUUUAAGAUUUUCUGAAAAACAAUCAUUAGAGGGAAUUUGAAAUAUCCUUUUUACAAAUUUAAGAUCAAUGAAUGGAGAGCAGCUGUAUAUUUUAACAAAAUCUCUAUAUAUUUUGCUAGGGUAUUUCGAUAAAAGCUUUAAACAAAAUUCUGAAAAAAUUGACACAGAAAGUUUGGCAGAUUUGAUUAAACAGGUCAAGCUUAGAUCAAAUGACUUAAAAGCUUAUGAGCUAGGAAAUGCCAUAGAUAUUUUUUCAAAAUUAAGUAAAGAUCCAGAAAUUGAGGAUUUAUUGAACGAACUAAGAAUGAUUGUUCCAGGAAAAAUACAAAAUGUAGAAAAAUAUUCUCAUAGCGAGCUUUUAGCAAUUUUAGACUCUUUUCAAAAAAAUUGCUAUGCUGAGCAUAAAGAAAUUGUGGACAAAAUUAUAUCUGCACUCUUCCAUAACGAUGUAAAAGUAGCUUUCGAGAGAAGCCUACAAACCUUAAGCUCAAUACAUAGAAUUGGAGCUCCUAUUCCACUAAGUUUGUUAUUAGAACUUGAUACAAUUCCUAAAAAUUAUUUAUAUAAUAUUGAUGCGGCGCAAUAUUUCAACUUUGGGAAAAUUCUUGCACAACAAGAAAAACUGUCUGAAAAUUUUGGAAAAUCUCUAAUAGAAAGCUUUAGCCUAGCAAAAAAUUUAACAGAUCAAUAUGGGAUUUCUUUAUAUGCAGAUUUUGUGUAUUUCUUGCAUGAUAAAAAAAUUUUUUCUCAGCUGGUAUCGAGGAUUAAUUUGUUUAAAAUGUGCUUGGAAACCAAAGAAAAUAUAGAUUUAAUUUCAGCACUGAGACUUACCGUUGCGUAUUUACCCCAUCUUGUGGACGAGGCUUUAUUGUAUAAACUUUUGGAAGAAAUGUCAAAGUACAAUAAAAAUGAUUCCGUUUGAGCAGACAAUCAAAUUUAUUUAUCGCAAAUUUUAGACAUUAUUGUAAAACUAUCCAAAGAGAAGCCAAUUUUUAAUUAUCAAAUUCAAUCUAUUGUGCAAGUCCAAUCCAGAUUAAAAAUUCAACUUGCAAGAAAUAUAGUUGACAUUUUAGAAGUUGUUUCUCCAUACUGUGGUGCUUUGUAUCGAUAUUACUCAUCAAAUCUAUGCAAAGAAAUUCCUUCUGCUGAAAUUCUUUUGCGCCCUCAAACAACCGAAUCGAUCCAACCUUAUGCUAGAAUUUUGUGAAAGUAUCGAAACAAACUUACAAACUUACAAAAAAUUGAGGUUGUAGAAAAAGGGCUCAUAAUUUUGCAGGAAAAUCUUAAAGCCCAUGAAGCCGCCUAUUAUUUUUCUUGUGUUUUCCCUGAAUUGGCCCCUGAUAGUACAGAUCUAUAUAUCUCAAUCCAAAAUAUCAAAAUAAUUAUAGGCAAGUUUAUAAAAGAGCAAGGGCCUUUUACAUUAGGGAUUGCUUACAAUCUAAGCCAUACCCCAACAUUUGAUGCAUUAAAUGAGAUGAUUUAUAAUGUAGAUGUCCAAAGUCUAUGGGGAGAAAUCCUUAUAAAGACUCUAAUAAUGCUAAGCAAAGCUGAAAGAAAUGACCUAUUUUCACUUGGUACACCAAAUUUGAGUUAUAUUGACGAAUCAGAGCCAAAAUUCCCAAUUUCUCUCAUGAAAGAAUUUCUAAACGUACUAUGCAGGUCUUCAUCUCUUCCAGUAGAUUUAAUAGCAAUCUCUAAAUGCUUUUCUUAUUACAUGGAUGAUUUAUCUGAUAAAGAACUGCUCAUGCUUGGCUCUCUGCUAAGGUCUAAAUGGAGCCAAAUAGAUAAACCUUUAAAGAAAAAGCUAGAAGCAAUUGAGCUCAAAGUGGGAUCUGAGCUUACACGCUUAAUUGAUUUCUCUGAAAGCAACGAAGUGAGAAAAGCGCUUGCCACGAAAUAUGAAAAUAUUUACCCGUCAAUUAAAAAUGUUCAUAUUCUUGAAGGUCUAGCCCAGCAUAGGCUCUUUAUCCCUUCAGUCUAUAACAAAUAUAUAAGCCUUUUACCAAGGGUAAAAGAAGAAAGGGACCUAUUAUCUAUAAUUUCGCAAAUGUUAAGCUCUUUAUCAGUUAUUGGUUUUUCUACAAAUGUUGUGAACUCUGUUAACUCUAUAAUAGAUCGAUAUCGCUUGUGGCAGUAUAUUUCUUUUGACUCCUUAGUUAACUAUUUGUUUGUGCACUCUAGAAAUCCAGAAAUUUUUUCUACAGUUCCAAGUGCUAUUAAGGAAAGAUUUAUUGACAGAUUUAAUACAAGAAAUCGCACAGAUGAAAUUUUUUUGAACCCAAAAUCACAGCUGAUGUGUUAUAGACCAUUUUUAUAUAGCACAGUGCUAGAACCAAGAUUUAUUAUCUCGAAUGAUGCUUCAAAAUCAUCAAAAGAGCUUAGUUAUUCAGAGAAACCUCAAAUGCCUUUUCACGAAGUAUUAUUUAAUUGCAAAAUCCAUGCAAUUUUAAAUAUUUUAAACCUUGAACACACAGAAACUUGUCUGCAGGCUGUUGAUACUUUUUAUUUAGAUAGAAAAAAUUCUGAUGAUAUUUAUGAUUUUAAGAUGAAAUUUGUUCAGAUCUUGGGUCAAAUAUGAAAGAUUAGGAAUUUUACUAUGGAAGAAAGUGAGAAAGAUGCAGUUACUAAAUGGAAGCCGGAUUUAUUAUUUAAUUCUGCAAAAGUUGGAAUUAUAUAUAAUCAGGAAGGAGAUAUGGUGUAUAAUGAAAAUGGAGAGGAAGUCGGGACUGUAUUUAUGUCGAAAGUUAUCAAGGAUCAGUUAGAAAAGUUGGGAGGGAUUAAGGUAGUUCAAAUUAACUCAAAAACUUGGAAAGAAAUGGAUGGAGGGAGGAAAUAUUAUUAUGUCGAGAAUUUAGUGCAAAGAUUUAACAUUAGAUAG